UCAAAGUAGACCCUGUCGUAUUGCCGAAGUUGUGAAGAUUCCUGCCAAACUUCCCCAUAACGACGAAAUGCUUAGUGAGAUGGAAUCAAUUCACAGAACUCUUAUGUUAUAUUUGUGGUUAAGUUACCGGUUUCAAGAAACAUUCAUCGAUGUUGACAAAGCACGUGAAUUGAAGUUACAAUGUGAGAACGCCAUCCACGAAUCUCUUCAGACUCUUAAAAUACCUCGAAAACGUCACCGAACGACCACCAAAGAUAUUCGGGUAUUAAGUAGGUUAGAGCAGAGGGUUAGAGCUUUGGAUAGUAAAUCAACUGAUCGAAACAUUCCAAUAAAUCCAAAAAACCACGUGAAGAACGCUUCGCAUAGGGAUAGCAGUGUAAACAUAAAUAAAUCAACAAAACAGGAGGACAAGCUUACAAUAUGA